GAUCUAGAUCAAAUCCAAGGCCGAAAGCCCAUUAGGAUAGUGGGACACAUGAUACCGGGUACAGAGAGAAUAUGGUCAGAUGCUCAAAUCACUUUGAAGAAUACCCGAACGAAUAUUCACGCCGGAAAACAAACCAGGCCAACACGGAAAGAAGAAUGGGUCGAAGACCACAGCACAAGGGCUCGUAGCACAAUAUGGGGACGAACCACUUCACAAGGUAAGCCCAUCUACAAUGAAUCCCCCUCCUACAUCAUAGGAUUCCAGAGGGGGCGAAGACGGAAGUGUACAAACACGCGCAGCCUGACGUACAGCCCCAAUAUAAUCAACCAAAUCCCUGCUUUUUAUUUAGCUCGAGGUGCCAAUUCGCACGCGCGAGAGGUUUCAGCCGCUGCCGGGCACAUCCGCAUGACGCAUCCUGGCUACCCACACGACGCAGCGGUACAGAAGGAAAACACAUCAAAAGUAUACGUGAUGGCCACUGUCCUAGGACACGGGAGUGCUGAGACCGUCGCAAACAACCUUUAAAAGAAGAGAUGCCGAUCCCUAGACUUCAUGUGGACAAGACACAUG